GCCCCCGGCCCGGCCCUUCCCGCCCGGGCGCGGGGCAGCCAUGGGGCACCCGCCGCUGGAGUUCAGCGACUGCUACCUGGACAGCCCCGACUUCCGAGAGCGCCUCAAGUGCUACGAGCAGGAGCUGGAGCGCACCAACAAGUUCAUCAAGGACGUGAUCAAGGACGGCAACGCGCUCAUCGCCGCCAUCAGGAGUUACUCAUCGGCAGUGCAGAAAUUCUCCCAGACUUUGCAGUCCUUUCAGUUUGACUUUAUUGGAGACACCCUAACAGAUGACGAGAUUAAUAUUGCCGAGUCCUUCAAGGAGUUCGCAGAGUUGCUCCAGGAGGUAGAGCUUGAGAGAUCGAUGAUGGUACAAAAUGCUAGUGAUUUGCUCAUCAAACCCUUGGAAAAUUUUCGGAAGGAGCAAAUAGGGUUCACCAAGGAAAGGAAGAAGAAGUUUGAGAAGGAUGGUGAGAAGUUUUAUUCCAUGCUGGAUCGCCACUUGCACUUGUCUUCUAAGAAGAAGGAGUCCCAGUUACAGGAGGCUGACCUUCAAGUUGACAAAGAGAGGCACAAUUUCUUUGAGUCAUCCCUUGAGUAUGUGUACCAGAUCCAGGAAGUACAAGAAAGCAAGAAAUUCAGCAUUGUUGAACCGGUGCUGGCUUUUCUCCACAGCCUCUUCACUUACAACAACCUGACAGUUGAGCUCACGCAGGAUUUCCUCCCUUACAAACAGCAGCUUCAGCUCAGCCUGCAGAAUACAAGGAAUCACUUUUCCAGCACACGGGAGGAGCUGGAGGACCUCAAGAAAAGGAUGAAGGAAGCCCCCCUAACCUGCAAGCUACCUGGGCAGCCGACCAUCGAGGGCUAUCUGUACACUCAGGAGAAAUGGGCGCUGGGCAUCUCCUGGGUGAAGUAUUACUGCCAGUACGAAAAGGAGGCAAAGACCUUAAGGAUGACCCCCAUGGACCAGAAGCCUGGAGCUAAGCAAAGCACCUUAGAUCUGACACUGAAGUCCUGUGUAAGGAGAAAGACUGACUCCAUAGACAAAAGGUUUUGUUUCGACAUUGAAACUAAUGAGAGGUCUGGGACCAUCACGCUGCAAGCGCUCUCGGAAGCUAAUCGAAGGCUGUGGAUGGAAGCCAUGGAUGGGAAAGAGCCAAUCUACCACAGUCCCAUCACGAAGCAGGAAGAAAUGGAGUUGAACGAGGUCGGCUUCAAGUUUGUGCGGAAGUGCAUCAAUGCAGUAGAAACGAAAGGGAUCUCUACAGAGGGCGUCUACCGAACGGUUGGCAGCAAUAUUCAGGUGCAGAAGUUGCUGAAUGCCUUUUUUGAUCCAAAAUGUCCAGGGGAUGUAGAUCUCCAAAGCAGCGACUGGGACAUCAAGACGAUUACCAGCUCGCUGAAGUUUUAUCUCAGGAACCUGUCUGAACCUGUCAUGACGUACAAGCUCCACAAAGAGUUGGUCCUGGCUGCCAAAUCUGAGAACCUGGACUACAGGCUGGGAGCCAUUCACGCUCUGGUCUAUAAACUACCUGACAAGAACAGAGAGAUGUUAGAGCUCCUCAUACGACAUCUAGUCAAUGUCUGUGAGCACAGCCGGGAGAAUCUGAUGUCCCCAUCUAACAUGGGGGUGAUAUUUGGACCUACCCUCAUGCGAGCACAGGAGGACACCGUGGCGGCGAUGAUGAACAUCAAGUUCCAGAACAUAGUAGUUGAGAUCCUCAUCGAGCACUUCGGGAAGAUCUACUCGGGCCCCCCAGAAGACAGCGCUGCCCCACCAGUGCCUCCUCCCAGGGUGGCUGCCCGGAGGCACAAGCCCAUCACCAUUUCCAAGCGUCCUCUGAGGGAAAGACCUGUGUUUUUUGGGGCUUCUGUGGAAGAAAGCGGAGCAGACCGCUACGGCCAGACCCCCAACGGCAGCAUCAGCACGGAGGCCCCCAAGCCGCUGCUCCGCAGCCGCCUGCCCGCACCCCGACCCGGGGGGGACGAGCCAGCGCGGCCCCCCGCCGAGGUGGACCUGGGGAAGCCGGUGGCCAGGCUGCAGGACGGAGGAGCCAAGCUGGCCGGCAAGGCUGCCAACGGCGUGGUGGCCAGCCCUGCCCUGAGGACCCCCACGCUCCACGCCAGGAGACCCGCGCCCCGGCCGGGCGUCUGCGGCAGAGAGGGCGAGUUCGACGGUGUCCCGAAGCCUCGGUCCCACGGCGACAAGCCCGUGAUAAUGCGCCCCCCAGUGAGACCCCCAGACCCACCGUGCAGGACUCCCGUCCCUCAGAAGCUGGAGCAGAGGCCAGACCUGAUAGCAGGGACAGCAGAGGAAAUGCCUUCCUCCGUUGUGGCCUCCAGGACAAAGUUCUUUGAGACGGCUUCCCGAAGAACGAGCAAUUCUUCAUCACCACAAGGCAGGAUCCCAGGUGAUGAGAGCUGAGACUAAAGACUUCGUAACCAUCUCAGCCCAGCUAGACCCAGAAGAUUUUCUGUGAUUGUGAAACGGACGUGGCACGGCUCAGACUUUUCCAGUUCGAAUGACCUGGAGAGCAGCUAUCUUACCAGACAAUAAUUUCAGAGCGCGCUGUCCUAAGUGGCUCAAGAAAUUAGAAGAGAGGGAGAUAAAAAUGGAGAGAAAACCCUACCUACACGAUUGUUUUGGACCGUUCCCAGUCCUUCUGCCGUUCCUCUCCGCACAGGCUGUGAAGGAUCUCGUGGGGUGCCUCUGCAGGGGACCAGACACGUUUGCAGUGCUGGUUGAGCAGCCACAAGGCAGCACUGGGCAGGGGCCAUCCGACGGGCUGCGGAAGGGACAGCGGAGGACGGGAGCCGUGUUUCCCUGCUUGAUUUUGGGAAAUGUGACUUGGCAAGGGUGGUGACUUGGACAGAUGUCACGGUCGAAGCGUGAGGGGCUGAUUCCCAGUGCUCGGAUGCAAGGGAGGAAUGGCUGGAAGCUGUGUUGCCCCCUUGCCGGAGAAGCUCCUUCCCAUAUGCUAUGUUUUCCUCGCUCACUAAGCUGUAGUGUGUUUUCCCGUGUGUAGGAGGGCCGUGUAUAUUACUGGAAACACUGCUUGUGCUAAGGCAGGCAGGACAGGGACUGGGGGCCGCUGUGCUGAGCUCUGUGGGAGGCCUGGUCCCGUGGCUGGCCGUCAGCACGCCCCUGGCAGGCAGGGCAGUGCAGCCAGCGUGGGGCUUUCGGGGGCAGCCUCCUGGGAGCAGCAGGAGACGCACGGCCCUGCUCCUCCUGUCCCAUCUCCCCCCAGAGCUGCUUCCCACGGACCCGCCGAGGAGCCUCUGCCCUGUGGUUAUCCUGCUGGGCCAGCACGGAGGUGGUGAGGGACCGAAACGCAUGGAAUAUGGGUCAACGCCCAGCAUUUUUCUAAGAGGGACCCAGUUUCUUACUUGCUUGUUACAUUAAUUUCCAAUCCAAGAGAUUUCCACUCUCUUUUCCUCAGCAGCAGUAUUGUAGGUGACGCCCUUUGGUCUGGAGGGGGACGUGUUUCCAGGCCAGGCCCGCUCCCUGUAGAAGCUUCUGUGUGGUUCCAGUCAACAGCAGGGCUCGGCUCCUGAGCCAUAGAGUUUACCUGUAGAUAGGCAACGAGCGCUUCCCCGCUUCCUGUGACCAGCCCAAAGGCAGCUUCCCUGUUUUCAGUGAUUUUUGUUGGGUGCUGGGAGCAUUCCCAAAACAGUGGCCAAACAUUCCCCGUCAGCUGCGUCCCCGGUGCUCCAUCCUCUUGAGCCCGGUGCGGGUUUGCCGGGGGGGUGCUGCCGCAGUCCUUUCCUUGCUGUCUCCUGGUGCUUGCCUUCUGUGUGCGCCUAGCACCAGCCGCUUUAUUCCGGAAUGUAAUUCUGGCGCUCGCUGGACUCCAGUUCUGUCUCAAUGGUGCUUCCGCUCCCUCGGGCUCCAGCUGUGCCCCAGCUGCUCGCUCCUGUACUCGUGCUCUGAACAGUGGCGUGUAAAAGUGGCUUUAAAAAAAAAAAAAGUACUAUCACACCUAGGCUGUAUUACGUACACCAGCAUCUCAGGGCUUCUCAAAGCUGAGGUGAGUCGAGUCCUCUCUGCUGCACCCUCUCGUGAGCGGGCAGGAGGUGCGAGCAGGAUCAAGGCAGAGCAGGUUGCGUUGUCAUGGUCAGGUAACAGAGGGAACAGCUGAGAUGGAGCUGCAGAAUGGGGAGUUUAAAGGUGGGAGAGGGGGGACCGAGCCCAGGGUUGCUGCAGUAGCUGGGGAGCCAUUCCCACCAGAGCCCAGCCUGGCUGCAGCCGGAGGAGCCUCCUGCCCGCCCCGAGUCUCCUGCUGCAGGAGCGCUCCUUGGGAACAGGGCCUCAUCACCCAGCGCUCUCACACCGGUGGCUCCUCCACAGAAGGCCCCCGUUUCCAAAAAUGCCUUCUGAUGUGAGAGGUGGACUUUGAGGGCCCUUCGCAGCGGUACACUUUCAGGAGAGCGAGGCACCGGGACUUCCACCAAAAGGAGCAGGGAGGGCUGAUGCAUGCACCCUCCAAACUGCACCUAAAGCUUAACAAAGCUGCUGGUCCUGUUGCAGUGGUGGCUGCUCAACGUCCCGCCCCUGCCCCGCGGUGCUGCCUGCUGCUCCUGAACAAAGCCAGCCUCGUGUUUGCUCCCUGGCGCAGAUGCCUGUGGGCUUACGUUUGAGUCAGAAGAAACAAAGCCGAGAGGGUCUGGUUUUGAAGCCUGACAUUGUAAACAAUGGAAGGAAGCAGCUGAUUAAAAACUUACUUCAUGGUGUCCUUGUAAAUUUGUUUGUCGCAUGUGUCUGUGCCUCUGUUAGCACAGCUGAGCGCGGGGGACACGCUGCUGAGCCGCCGGGUGGGCAAGGGGCACAGCCCCGGUGCAGCCAGCAGCACGGGGAUGCGCUGUGGAGCGGCAGGCCCCGGGAUGGCAGCCCUCAGAGCCAUUUUGUCGUGUAAAGCAUAGAUAACUUAGAGUGUUCAUAAAGUUUCCGUGAAGUUAAAAUA